AUGGUAGACGUGCCCGAGACGGGCUUCACAUCAGUCCUCCCACAUGAAAUAUGGGACAUGAUUGCCAAAGUCACUCAUCCGGAUGACCUGGCCAUCUUGCGUCUGGUCAGCAAGUCCAUGAAUGUCGCAGCUACACGACCAUUUGGGCUGUCUUGUCUUGCUCAUCGCCGCUUCAUCAUUUCUCCCUACAGUUUGCAGGGCUUGGUCCAGCUUACUGCACAUCCUGUUCUGGGUACAUGUCUGGACACGAUCAGCCUAGGCACAUGGCGUGUCAACAAAGAUUUUGAAGACUCUCAAACCGUAGUCGAUGAAACGGAUAUCGAAGGUGCCGCUCAUGAAGCUGCUCUUGUCCAGUGCCCUUUCGAAAGAGACGAACAACAUGUCAGAGUUUUGACCCAAGCUCUGAACAACAUCAAGCACCACAACAUCGAAGUAGGUCUUGGAAUACAUGAUGAUGUAGUCCAUGAUCAAGUCUCCGGCGAAAACAGUUCUCGACCGACUGAACCUGUUUCUAUGCCUCCCAUGUAG